CGACAUCUCUUCGCUCAUAAAGUUCUGGUCAUCGCUUAGCCGGUCUCUAGAGCCUAGAGGAUUUUGGAAAGCUGACUUCCACCGACCACCUACCAUCAUCCUCCGCAUUCUUCAACACAUCGACAGACGGAUACCUCGCGACGCAAAAUGUCUGCCGACAAGUCAGUCCAAAAGGUGAUCCUCGCCAGCAAUGAGGGCUCGCACAUCGAAGUCGAUCGUGUGGUCGCUGAGCGGUCCAUGCUCAUCAAGAACUUGAUCGAAGACUUGGGAGAUGAGGCUAUCGCCAACAGUCCAAUCCCGAUCCCCAACGUGAACGACCCAGUGCUGCGCAAGGUUGUUGAGUGGUGCGAGCACCACCGCAACGACGCCGUUCAGUCGGCCGACGACGAGAAUGACAACCGCAAAAAGACUACUGACAUCGACGAGUGGGACCAGAAGUUCAUGCAGGUGGACCAGGAGAUGCUGUUCGAGAUCAUCCUGGCUGCCAACUACCUCGAUAUCAAGGCCUUGCUUGAUGUCGGUUGCAAGACCGUGGCAAACAUGAUCAAGGGCAAGUCGCCAGAGGAGAUCCGCAAGACAUUCAACAUCACGAACGACUUCACCCCCGAAGAGGAGGAGCAGAUCCGCAGGGAGAACGAAUGGGCCGAGGACCGUUAAAUUUGGUUGCUCUGAGCCUGUAAAAGGAAGUCGCUCAAUUCUUGCGCCCCAUCCUUCGGGACUCGCACAUAGCGGACAUCAGCUCGAAGCUGCCACGCGUCCAACACAGGUCCUUAUUUGGUAUUCCCAGAGGCGUUUCGGUUACGUUGACUGGUUUGCUUCGGUAUUUAGUAGCUUGAGAACAGGUUGCAUGGGCUGCUGCACAUGAUUUCUAUUGCAGACAGCCCCGGCUUUUUGAAGAGAGGAAGUGCACAUGAGGCAAUGACCGGGCCGUUUUUAUGAUCCUCCUAUCGCGAGGUUUUCUCACUUAGAAAAAGGCUAUGACCGAAUAGACGCUGCCAAGAUUCCUGGCCUUCAGCCAUGUCGUUUGCUCUUACUGAAGGAGAGAUGGCGGGCGUUGCGAACAAGAUUUCAAGCCGGUGGUUUUUGAAAUG